GACUGCAGCCUUUAACAAGGAUGUAAUGGUGGCCAUCAUGGGUCGGAUGAGGCUGAGUUUCAACAUGGACUCAUUUCUCACAAUCUGCUGCAUUCUUUGUUUCACCUCCACAGGCGCCUCAGAGACGGAGCGAAGACUCCAUGAGAAGUUGUUCCAGGACUACAACGUGAAGGUCAGGCCGGCUCGCCACUGGAAGGAGAGGGUGACGGUGCGCGUGGGGAUGACGCUGUCCCAGCUCAUCGGCUUGAAUGAAAAGAACAGCGAGAUGACAACAAACGUGUUCAUGAAUCUGAACUGGACAGACUACAGGUUGUCAUGGAAACCGGAGGAAUACGACAACAUUGCUGUUGUGAGGAUUCCUCCCAACAAGGUGUGGCGUCCUGACAUCUACCUCAUAAACAAUCACGACGGGCAGUUUGACGUGGCUCUGUACGUUAACGUCUUGGUUUACAGUAAUGGUAUGGUCUCUUGGUUGCCACCUGCCAUCUACCGUAGCUCCUGCUCCAUUGAGGUGGCAUAUUUCCCAUUUGAUUGGCAAAACUGCAGCAUGGUUUUCCGCUCGUACACCUACGACUCUUCAGAGGUCGACCUGCAGGUCUACCUUGAUGAGAACGGGACAGAAAUCCAUGAGAUCGUAAUUGAUAAAAAUGCUUUCACAGAGAAUGGAGAAUGGGCCAUACGUCACAAACCAAGCAGGAAGAACGUUGGAGAUGAUCUGUACGAGGACAUCACCUUCUACCUCAUCAUAGAGAGGAAGCCUCUCUUCUACAUCAUCAACAUCAUCGUGCCCUGCAUCCUCACCAGUGUGUUGGCUAUAUUCGUCUUCUAUCUGCCUCCUGGAGCAGGGGAGAAGAUGACUCUCUCCAUUUCCGUCCUGAUCGCUCUCACUGUCUUUAUGUUGCUGCUGGCCGACAGAGUCCCUGAAACUUCACUCGGCAUCCCUAUUAUCGUCAAAUAUGUCAUGUUCACCAUGAUCCUGGUCACCUUCUCCGUCAUCCUGAGCGUCGUCGUCCUCAACCUGCACCACCGAACGCCCAGCACCCACAUCAUGCCAAACUGGGUUAGGAAGGUGUUCAUUCACAUCCUGCCCAGAUACAUUGGCAUGAUGAGACCAAACCCAGAAGAACCUUUACUGGAGAAGGACUCUGAGAAGGACGACACGUCGUUCCGUGCUUUCAGUGGACGCCAACCUGGAGGAGAGUACUUAUUCCGCAAGAUCAACCCUGAUCUUGUCUUACCAUGGAGAGGGAGGUGUGAGAGCACAGUGCAGCUCCAGCAGCUCCCGGACUCGGACCGGUUCUGCCUGAUCCUCCCUCCUAACCUGAAGUCGGCCAUCGAUGCCGUGACCUACAUAGCCGAGCAGCUGAAGAAGCAGGACACGGACGAUUCGAUGACAGGAGACUGGCAGUUCAUCGCCCUGGUGGUGGACCGCCUCUUCCUGUGGCUGUUUGUCAUCAUCACCACCCUGGGAACCCUGGCCGUGUUCCUGGAUGCUAGUUUUAAUUACACACCGGACGACCCGUUCCCAUAAAGGACAGCAUCGCUAAAACACGCUGUGCAGGUCAAACGCUCCCCAAGUCGGACUUUCCUUGACCAAACUGUUCUGUUUGGUUCUGGUCAGCUUGUUUUGUAAAGUUGCCUUUCUCUGAAAAGUAAACAGAUGCCAAAUGUUGAAUCAAAUGUGUUAUUUUUCUACAAUUUAUGUAUUCAGUCCUGUUUUAUGGCACCAAAAACUUGAAUUUUGUGCAUUUUGCACUUAAAACUCACUGGGUGUAGUUUAUAUUUUUAUCCAGUAGAGGGCAGUGUAUAUAUUUUAAUCAAGGCUGCAGCAGCCAAGGGAACCUCUGUAAUGCUGCUUCAUGUUUUAUUGCUGCACUUCUGUUGUUGUGUUUAAGAAAGCCACAUU